UCCUGUCACUGGCUUAUAUGGACAAGUCAGCUAACUGUCACGUGACCCCUGACUGCUAAAAACAGCUCAGGCACCCACUCUGAACCAGAGCCUGAAACAAUGUCUGCCGUCCAACAGGACGUAAAGAACACUUGAUCACACAAUCCUUGGAAUUAUUUCAAGGAAACCCUUGCAGAAGCCCAUCUGGAUCACCCUUUCCCGGGUCAUACUGACGGCCAGGAGAUGAGCUCUUCUCUGAACUACAAGUCUUUUUCCAAAGAGCAGCAGACCAUGGAUAACUUGGAGAAGCAACUCAUUUGUCCCAUCUGCCUUGAGAUGUUCACGAAGCCAGUGGUCAUUCUCCCCUGUCAGCAUAACCUGUGUAGGAAAUGUGCCAGUGAUAUUUUCCAGGCCUCUAAUCCAUACCUGCCCACAAGAGGAGGCACCACUGUGGCAUCGGGGGGCAGGUUCCGUUGCCCAUCCUGCAGACAUGAAGUGGUGUUGGACAGACAUGGGGUGUAUGGACUUCAGAGGAACCUAUUGGUGGAAAAUAUCAUUGACAUAUAUAAACAGGAGUCUAGCAGACCAGAAAAGAAAUCUGAUCAACCUAUGUGUGAAGAGCAUGAAGAGGAACGCAUCAACAUCUACUGUCUGAACUGUGAGGUGCCCACUUGCUCCCUGUGCAAGGUCUUUGGGGCACACAAAGAUUGCCAAGUGGCCCCCCUCACUCAUGUGUUCCAGAGACAGAAGUCGGAACUCAGCGAUGGUAUCGCCAUCCUUGUGGGAAGCAAUGAUCGAGUUCAGGGAGUGAUCAGCCAGCUGGAAGAUACCUGUAAAACGAUUGAGGAAUGCUGCAGAAAUCAGAAGCAGGAACUUUGUGAGAAGUUUGACUACCUGUAUGGUAUCUUGGAGGAAAGGAAGAAUGAGAUGACACGAGUCAUCACCCGGACUCAAGAGGAGAAACUGGAACAUGUCCGAGCUAUGAUCAAAAAGUAUGCUGAUCAUUUGGAGAAUGUGUCAAAGUUGGUUGAGUCAGGAAUUCAGUUCAUGGAUGAGCCAGAAAUGGCAGUGUUUCUGCAGAAUGCCAAAACCCUGUUACAAAAAAUUUCUGAAGCAUCGAAGGCAUUUCAGAUGGAGAAAAUAGAACAUGGUUAUGAAAAUAUGCACCACUUCACAGUCAACCUCAAUAGAGAAGAAAAAAUAAUACGAGAAAUUGAUUUUUACAGAGAGGAAGAAGAUGAAGGAGAAGAAGAAGGAGAUGGGGAAGGAGAAGAAGGAGAAGAAGAAACAGUAGAAGUGGAAGAGGUAGAAAAUGUUCUGACAGAAUUAUCAGGAGAAGAUGAAAGUCCUGAGAAAAACUCUCAGCCAUCUCUGCUGGCCUCCGAGCUCCAGGUGGCUUCAGGAGAACUUCUGGUUUCCUCUGCAGAGUCAUCUCCAGACCUGCCAUCUGCUGCUGAGGCCCCGGUGACACAGGGGGAGGUUGUACCCAGUGGCUCUCAGCAGACCACAGAGUCUGAAACUCCAGUCCCUGCAGCAACGGAAACUACGGAUCCCUUGUUUUACCCUAGUUGGUACAAAGCCCAAGCCUGGAAAGCCACCAACCCACCUUCUACUGCAGGGAGUGAAGGUCUGGGACAAGUAGGGCCUCCAGGUUCUGAGGAUUCCAAUGAGCAGAAGGCAGCCGUGGUAGAAGCCGCAGCCAAUGAGAGGGCAGCAGAGAGUGGUAAGGAAACUAGUUCACCUGCAGCUACUUCUCAGGAGUUAGCAAUCUGCCUAGCGCUUUUGGCUUUUCUUAUACUUCACUACAUCUGGCGUCAGAUUCAGUGCUUGGUUUUUACUUUUAUGGAUUGGAGUUGAAGCCCCUCCUUUCCAGGGACAAGCUGCAGCUUCAGGGAGCAGUGGUAGUCCUGAUUCUGAGCCAGCUCGACACGUUUUCUCCUUUUCCUGGUUGAACUCCCUGAAUGAAUG